AUGACAUUUGUGAAGAACGAGCUGAAGAUGUUCAAGAGGAUUCUUAGUCCAGAACUCCCAGAAAGCUUUGAGAGUCAGAAGCAGGAUAAGGAAGUGGUGGAUGCUGAAGAUGAGCAGCAGGAGAGCAAUGAACUUGCUGUGAUUUGCCAACGUGAACUCAAAUCUAAUCUAAAGAAGAAGUUUCAAUGUGUAUUUGAGGGGAUCGCUAAACAAGGAAACCCAACACUUCUCAAUAAGAUCUACACAGAGCUCUACAUCACAGAGGGUGGAACAGGAGAGGUCAAUAAUGAACAUGAGCUGAGACAGAUUGAGACAACAACCAGGAAACAAGCAAGACCAGAGACUGCAAUCAAAUGUAACGAUAUCUUCAAACCCUUAACUGGACAAGACAAACCUAUCAGGACUGUGCUGACAAAGGGAGUCGCUGGCAUUGGAAAAACAGUCUCUGUGCAGAAGUUCAUUCUGGAUUGGGCUGAAGGAAAAGCAAAUCAGGAUGUCCAAUUUGUAUUUUCAUUCCCUUUCCGGGAGUUGAAUUUGAUGAAAGGGGACAAACACACUUUGAUUGAACUUCUCAAUCACUUCUCAAUGGAAACCAAACGAUCAAGAAUCUCCAACUACGACAAGUACAAAGUUCUGUUCAUCUUUGAUGGUCUGGAUGAGUGCCGACUGCCCCUAGACUUCCAGAAGAACAAGAUCUGUUGGGACGUCACAGAGUCAACCUCAGUGGAUGUUCUGCUGACAAAUCUCAUCAAGGGAAAUCUGCUUCCCUCUGCUCUCCUCUGGAUAACUACCCGACCUGCAGCAGCCAAUAAGAUCCCUUCAUGGUGUGUUGACCAGGUGACAGAGGUACGAGGGUUCAAUGACCCACAGAAGGAGGAGUACUUCAGGAAGAGAUUCAGUGAUGAGGACCUGGCCAGCAGAAUCAUCUCACACAUAAAGACAUCAAGGAGCCUCCACAUCAUGUGCCACAUUCCAGUCUUCUGUUGGAUUUCUGCAACAGUCCUUGAACACAUGUUGAGUACAGACAAGAGAGAAGAGAUGCCCAAGACUCUGACUGAGAUGUACACACACCUUGUGGUUUUUCACACCAAACAGAAGAAUGAAAAGUAUCUUGGGAAAGAAGAGACAGGUCCACACUGGAAUAAAGAGAGCAUUCUGUCACUGGGAAAACUGGCUUUUAAACAGCUUGUGAAGGGCAAUCAGAUUUUCUAUGAAGAAGAUCUGAAAGAGGCUGGCAUUGAUGUCAAUGAAGCCUCAGUGUACUCAGGAUUGUGCACACAGCUCUUUAAAGAGGAAUGUGGGCUGUACCAGGACAAGGUGUACUGCUUUGUUCAUCUGAGCAUUCAGGAGUUUCUGGCUGCUGUAUAUGUGUUCCUCUCAUUCAUCGACAACAAUGAGAAUCUAAUGGCCAAACUUCAAUCAACAUACAGCAAAGUUUCUUUCAGAAAUGAGUCUGAAGUUACUGUCUACAAGAGCGCUGUGCAUAAAGCCUUACAAAGUGAGACGGGAAACCUGGACCUUUUCCUCCGCUUCCUUCUGGGCCUCUCACUGGAGUCCAAUCAGAAGCACUUACGAGGUCUACUGACAAAGACAAGAAGCAGCUCACAGAGCCAUGAAGAAACAGUCAAGUACAUCAAGAAGAAGAUCAGGGAGAAUCCCUCUCCAGAGAGGAGCAUCAAUCUGUUCCACUGUCUGAAUGAACUGAAUGACCAUUCUCUAGUGGAGGAGAUCCAAAGCUACCUGAGAUCAGGAAGUCUCUCAGAAGCCAACCUGUCACCUGCACAGUGGUCAGCUCUGGUCUUUGUGUUGCUGACUUCAGAAAAGGAGCUGGAUGUGUUUGACCUGAAGAAAUACUCCAGAUCAGAGGAAGGUCUUCUGAGGCUGCUGCCAGUGGUCAAAGCCUCCAGAGCUGUUCUGCUGUCAGGCUGUGGAGUCACAGAGGAAGGCUGUGCUUCUCUGGUCUCAGCUCUGGAGUCAAACCCCUCACACCUGAGAGAGCUGGACCUGAGUAACAAUGACCUGAAGGAUUCAGGAGUGAAGCUGCUCUCUGCUGGACUGGGGAAUCCCCACUGUAAACUGGAGACUCUGAGGCUGUCAGGCUGUCUAGUCACAGAGGAAGGCUGUGCUUCUCUGGUCUCAGCUCUGAGGUCAAACCCCUCACACCUGAGAGAGCUGGACCUGAGCUACAAUCACCCAGGAGACUCAGGAGUCAGACUGCUCUCUGCUGGACUGGAGGAUCCACACUGCAGACUGGAGAAACUCAAUGUGGAACAUGGUGGAGAGAACAGAAUGAAACCUGGGCUUAGAAAAUAUGUCUGUGAUCUCACACUGGACAUAAACACAGUAAACAGACUCCUCUCUCUGUCUGAGGAGAACAGAAAGGUGACAUGGAGGAGAGAGGAGCAGCCGUAUCCUGAUCACCCAGAGAGAUUUGAGGACUAUAGACAGGUGCUGUGUAGAGAGGGUCUGACUGGGCGCUGUUACUGGGAGGUAGAGUGGAGUGGGAGAAGGGCUGAUAUAGGAGUGACAUAUAAAGGAAUCAGCAGGAGAGGAGAGGGUGAAGACUGUUAUCUUGGAUGGAAUGACAAGUCCUGGAGUCUGUUCUGCUCUGACAACCGUUACUAUGCCUGUCACAAUAAUGAUCGCACUACCAUAGACGUCCCCUCCUCCAGCCCCCACAGAGUAGGAGUGUAUCUGGACUGGCCAGCCGGCACUCUGUCCUUCUAUAGAGCCUCCUCUGACACACUGACCCACCUGAUCACAUUCACCUCCACAUUCACUGAACCCCUCUAUCCAGGGUUUAGGGUUUAUUUUGACUCCUCAGUGUCCCUGAAAUAAUAACCUGACACACACACACUGGACACACACACACACUGGACUCACAAACAUACACACUCACUAACACACAUACACAGAUACACUGGACACACACAACAUACACACACAUACACAACAUACACACAUACACACAAACACUCAAACACACUG